AACUUCUGCGUGUUUUCCGCUUUGAAUCGUCACCCCGGAUGCUUCUGUUCUUCAAUUUGAUUCCUUUUUUGUUCUGUUCACGUUGAUUUGGAUUGAUGUUCGUUGAUGCUGUGACUGUUCUUGCUGAUUAGAUGUUCUUUUAACCUGGAGCUGUGCGGUUUUCUAGCUCGGGUAGCAAGAAAAUGAGGGAGAUCUCUUGUGGUAAUCAAGAUAGAUAGUAGUAUAAGAAGAUGGGGGAGUUCGUCGGUGAUAAACAUGUCAAGUACAUAUUGUCUGUUGAAAAGAAAAAGGAUAGUAUUGAGUCGGUGGUUAUGGAGCAUUUGAGAUUGAAUGGAGCAUAUUGGGGAUUGACCACUCUAGAUCUUCUUGGAAAACUUGACACUGUGGAUUCAAAUGAAGUUGUUUCGUGGAUCCUGCAAUGCCAGCAUGAGUCUGGUGGCUUUGGUGGAAACAUUGGACAUGAUCCGCAUCUGCUGUAUACACUCAGUGCUGUGCAAGUUUUGGCCCUUUUUGGCAAGUUAGAUGUUCUUGACAUCAACAAGGUGACAGAUUACAUCAGAGCACUGCAAAACGAAGAUGGAUCUUUCUCUGGGGAUAUAUGGGGAGAAGUUGAUACUCGGUUCUCUUAUUGUGCUAUAUGCUGUCUUGCGAUACUUAAACGGUUGGAUUCAAUAAAUGUGGAGAAGGCUGUCAGAUAUAUAGUGAGUUGCAAAACUUUGGAUGGCGGGUUUGGUUGCACUCCUGGUGCAGAGUCUCAUGCAGGGCAAAUAUUUUGUUGUGUGGGUGCUCUGGCUAUCACGGGUUCACUACAUCACAUCGACAAGGACCUUCUUGGCUGGUGGUUAUGCGAACGACAAGUCAAAUCUGGAGGUUUAAAUGGCCGCCCUGAAAAACUUGCUGAUGUCUGCUACUCCUGGUGGGUGCUUUCUAGCUUGAUUAUGAUCGACAGAGUUCACUGGAUUGACAAAGAAAAGCUUAUCAAAUUCAUCUUAGACUGUCAGGACACUGAAAAGGGUGGAAUUUCUGAUCGGCCAGAUGAUGCUGUGGAUGUUUUCCAUACCUAUUUUGGAGUGGCUGGUCUUUCCCUUCUUGAAUAUCCAGGACUUAAAGCCAUAGACCCAGCCUAUGCCUUGCCGGUCGAUGUUGUUAAUAGGAUUUUCUUUGGCAGAUGUUCAACCUGACCACAGGCCACACAAUUUAUUACAUUUUCAUGACUUUCUGAGUACACAUACCAGCGUCAUUAACUGACUUCGUUGUAUACCAAAUUCCAGAAAAAUUGAAAUAGUUGUUAGUUGACACAACUUUUCUAGGGAAUCAUUUGUUACCCUCGGAGAACCUAAACUUCCUUUGAUCCUUUUCGUACCUUUGUCUCUCUCGAGCUAUAGUUUCUCCUUUUCGUACCUUUGUCUCUCUCAAGCCUCAAGCUAUAGUUUCUCCUUUUUGUAUUUUCGUCUCUUGCAAGCUAUAAAAUUUUAUAUGCUGGAACCUUCUUUGCAGAAUUUAGCAUAAUAAGGCAGGACGCAUAUCAAUUGUAGUUUGAAUGGUGGCAACCUCAAUAUUCACGAAAGCACAACUCAAUAGUUGGGGAGUUCAGUUUGAUCCCUAGACUUCGUUUUGUUAUCAACUUAGUUCUUGUGCUUUUGUUUUUUGGAUUUAAAUCUUUGACAAUUGGAAACUUGAUGGAAAUUGCUUAGUCAGCAUCAUUUGUGGA